UAAAAACUUUUCACUUCCGAAUCCCACACGAAGAACCAUCCUGUAACCUUCUUCUUCUUCUUCAUCAUCUUCAUCUUCUUUCUCUGUUCUUUUAUAUAUUUUGCUUUCUUCAAACCUCCAUUUAUAUCUCUCUUCAUUUAAACAAGCAAACUGAAUUUAUGGAUGUUUUGUUUCUUCCUUUUCUAUAUACCAAUUCACCAGUACUUUGCUUUUAAUGCUCCACACUACCCUCUCCCUCUCUCCCUCUCUCCCUCUCUCUCUCAUCAUUCUUCACAAAUUCAAAUUCUCUGUUCUUUCAAUCCCCUCUAAAUUUUGAAUUCUCUCUUCUUCCAUUAUGGCGUCCACUGAUUCUUCCAACUGGACUCUCAUUUCCAACCCUCCACUUCAAAAACCUAAAUCCUUAUUGCUCAAGGAUUAUCUUCUCGACGAUUUCAGCUCAUGCUCUUCCAAUGGCUUUCGAUCAUUUCCCCGCCGCCAAUGCUGCUCUACAACCGUCCGAUUCCUCCUCGAAAUCGAUCUCAAAGUUAAAGAUUCUUCCGUUACUAAAAGAUUCCUUCCUCGAACAACUUCCAGAAAAAUCGCUCUCUCUACCAUCUCCACUUUGCAGAGAGCCUCCGAUGCUGUUCUUAGAGCCUUCAAGCAAUUUCCCUUACCUUCUUCACGUAAAUCGUUUUUUCCUAGGAGCAUUUCGCGGAAACUGAUUUCGAAAGCGUUCCGGAAGAAGUCGGAUAUCGUCGAUCCAAACAUUAAUAAGCGGUGGAAAUCGUUUAAGGAAUUUCUUGAUGAGAAAGAACCACCAUCGUCGUCAUCGUUUGAAGAGAAUCACUCCGACUCUGCCGUGUGUACCGCCAUUGCUGUUGCUGGAAGAAACUCGAUUAGUAGUUGUAGUAAUAGUAUCAGUUGGACAGAGAGUGAAUUUACAUCGGAGAUUAUCCCCUCGUCUUGUAGCGGUAAUUCCGAGAGUUGCAGCGAAAACGACGCCGUUAAGGAUGAUAAGGAUUCACCAGGUAAUCUCAUUGGCAAAAGAGACGGCGUAACGUUCGGAAAAGAUUCCAUGGAGGAAACAACUACCGCUCCGACCUCCGUCGCCGCCGCCACUAGCGCCGACGAUUACCGGGAGGAUACCGUUAAGCAAUGGCAAAAUGAAGAAGAAAAGGAACAAUUCAGUCCAGUUUCAGUGCUGGACUUUCCCUUUGAAGAUGAAGAUCAAGACAUUUCCUCGUCGUUCAAUUGCAAUGUUCACCUCAUGGAAGGUAAGAAGCAAAAACAAAGAGAUCAGAAGACGAAGAGAUUGGAGAAAGGAACCGAAUUGGAGCCUGUAGACUUAAAGAAACGAUUCACAAACAUAAGUGUUAUUGGUGAUCAAGAUCAUUUCACUUUAAUAACCAAAAAAGAACAUCAAAUGGAAGAAAAGGCUUUGGAGUUUCUAAAGCUUCUCAAAUCCACAACCGAAUCAACAGAGAAUCUGCUUCUUGAUUUCUUUCAUCAGAAACUCGAUGAACAUGAAGCAACUUCAACUAAUUCAGAUUUUGAUCAACCACAGCUUUUGAAAUUCGCCCAAGAUUGGAUCGAUGGAAACGCCGGGGAAUUGACGGUAAUGGGAAGAUGGGAGUUACCAGAGGAACGGAAUUUCUACAUUAAAGAUAUGGAAGUGGGCGAUAAAUGGAGAAGUUUUGGCGGAGAUAAGGAGGAGUUAGUGGCGGAGUUUGAAGGUGAGGUUUGGAUAUCUUUGCUUAAUGACCUUUUGAUUGACCUCUCUCUAUAGCUAAUUAGCUACCAAAUGGGGAAACUCCUAGUACUUCUGCAGUAUCAUUUCAGUUGUCAAAUUAUGAAUGUAAGGAAUAGAUACUGUGGCAGUACUGGAGAUUUUUCAGUAGGUUUUGUCUUGAAAUAACAUUUCAUAAAUCUCUAUGAAAUUGGAGUUUAAAUUGCAUUUUGGAGGCUUUAUUGUUGUA